AUGUCAUUGUUCUGGGUAUCCCAAUACGACGUGUCCAAAAGAAUGGGCAAUUUGACGGUCUGGGUAGUUGAUUUCGACGGUCAAGUCACAUCUAUUCUCGAGAGCAAAGCCCCGGUCAUUGGGCCAGCCGUCGUCAAUGUGACGAAAAGCAUUUCAAAGUUCAAAAAUGGCAUAUCCUACGAAGUUCAGUCGCCGGCGAUAUUCGGCAACGAUCCUCGCGCCUUGCGCCAAGCAGUCUACGAUGAAGAAGUAUAUGCGGCAGUCAUAGUAAGCCCUGAUGCUACAAGUACGCUGCUGGAUGCCGUCAAGAAAGGAGAUCGCGCAUACAGCCCGAGCCAAGCUGCACAGAUUGUCACCAUCAGCGCCCGAGAUCAAGUCACAUACUCCAGCUACAUUGAGCCUGCCUUGACUGAAUUCGAGCGUGAGGUAAUCACUGAAUUUGGGCCUCUCUGGGUGGAAUGGUUGAAAAAGCACGAGAUGCUAUCAUUCGAGGUACUUCAGCCUGACGCUCUUCAAACCAUCAGCCCUGGCAUCUGGUUUGAAAAAGUUGACUUGCGACCAUUCUCACCUGCGGUGGCCACUCCAGCAGUCACUGUGGGGUUAAUCUACCUCAUCAUCUUAUCAUUCUUCAUUUUCCCAUUUUUGAUGCCGGUGCAUAUGCAGCUGUUGAAAGGCGAUCAUCCACCACUGAAGAACUAUCAGUGGGUGGAUAUGGCGUCUAGUAAUCACCCAGCUCCUGGCUCUGAGUCUGCUCCUAACGCUAAUGCAUAUGGCAAAGGGUCAUUUGUCGUUUUUUGGAUGCUCAAUUGGAUCGGGAUGGCAGCACUGGGGCUACCGUGUGAGAAUAUGGCUAUGAUCCUCGGAGCACCAUAUAGUUCAAUAUUCCUCAUCUUUUGGGUCAUCUCCAACGUGUCGACCGGCUUCUAUGCCUUGGAUCUUGCCCCCUCAUUCUUCCGGUGGGGUUAUGUGUGGCCGUUACAUCGAAUUGUCGAGGCUCUUCGUACUAUCCUAUUUGGAACCCAUUCUCGUAUUGGUCUUGACUUUGGUAUCUUGUUUGCCUGGGUCGGUGUCUCAAUCGCUCUCUUUCCUUUAGCUACACAUAUCAUGCAGCGGAAACAAAGAGCAGAUGCUCCACACCAGAAUCAUCCCUUGAAGAAGGACAAGAGCAAGAACUGA